UUUAUGGGCGCAGCCGAGGGCAGAUAUCAGUGUCGAUGGCAUUCGCUCCCAGCUAUUCUUAGGAGCCUCUCAGGAGCUCCACACAGCCCUGCCGGGCAGCAAGGGACAGAGCAGAGGUGACUGCUGACAGCACCGGCAUGUCUUACAGUGUGACCCUGACUGGGCCCGGGCCCUGGGGCUUCCGUCUGCAGGGGGGCAAGGACUUCAACAUGCCCCUCACUAUCUCCCGGAUCACACCAGGCAGCAAGGCAGCCCAGUCCCAGCUCAGCCAGGGCGACCUCGUGGUGGCCAUUGACGGCGUCAACACUGACACCAUGACCCACCUGGAGGCCCAGAACAAGAUCAAGUCUGCCAGCUACAACCUGAGCCUCACCCUGCAGAAAUCGAAGCGUCCCAUUCCCAUCUCCACGACAGCACCCCCAGUCCAGUCCCCUCUGCCGGUGAUUCCCCACCAGAAGGUGGUACCCAACUCUCCAGCCAACGCCGACUACCAGGAACGCUUCAACCCCAGCGCCCUGAAGGACUCGGCCCUGUCCACCCACAAGCCCAUUGAGGUGAAGGGGCUGGGCGGCAAGGCCACCAUCAUCCACGCACAGUACAACACGCCCAUCAGCAUGUACUCCCAGGACGCCAUCAUGGAUGCCAUCGCAGGGCAGGCCCAGGCCCAGGGCAGUGACUUCAGUGGGAGCCUCCCUGUUAAGGACCUCACCGUAGACAGCACCUCUCCCGUGUACCAGGCUGUGAUUAAGAACCAGAACAAGCCGGAAGACGAGGCUGACGAGUGGGCCCGCCGCUCCUCCAACCUGCAGUCUCGCUCCUUCCGCAUCCUGGCCCAGAUGACAGGGACCGAAUUCAUGCAAGACCCUGAUGAAGAAGCUCUGCGAAGGUCAAGCACCCCUAUUGAGCAUGCGCCGGUGUGCACCAGCCAGGCCGCCACCCCACUGCUGCCCGCUUCCGCCCAGCUGCCUGCUGCUGCCUCUCCCAGUGCGGCUUCGCCACCCCUGGCCACAGCUGCUGCCCAUACUGCCAUCGCCUCCGCCUCUGCCACAGCCCCUGCCUCAAGCCCCGCCGACAGUCCAAGGCCCCAGACCUCUUCCUACAGAGCCACAGUGGCCACCUCUUCAGCACCUGCCACCCACACCAGCUACAGUGAGGGCCCUGCCGCCCCUCCGACCAAGCCCCGGGUUGUCACCACUGCCAGCAUUCGGCCUUCUGUCUACCAGCCAGUGCCUGCAUCUACCUACAGCCCGUCCCCAGGGGCCAAUUACAGUCCAACUCCCUACACCCCCUCACCUGCCCCUGCCUACACCCCCUCGCCUGCCCCUACCUACACUCCCUCACCUACCCCUGCCUAUAUCCCCUCACCUGCCCCCACCUAUACUCCAUCUCCUGCACCAACCUAUACCCCUUCGCCUGCCCCCAACUAUAACCCUGCAUCCUCUGCGGCCUACAGCGGGGGCCCUGCAGAGCCUGCCAGCCGUCCCCCCUGGGUGGCAGAUGACAGCUUCUCCCAGAAGUUUGCCCCUGGCAAGAGCACCACCUCCAUCAGCAAGCAGACCCUGGUCCGGGGGGGCCCAGCCUACACCCCAGCAGGUCCCCAGGUGCCACCACUUGCCAGGGGGACCGUCCAGAGGGCUGAGCGCUUCCCAGCCAGCAGCCGGACUCCACUCUGUGGCCACUGCAACAACGUCAUCCGGGGCCCAUUUCUGGUAGCCAUGGGCCGUUCCUGGCACCCUGAAGAGUUCAACUGUGCCUACUGCAAGACUUCCCUGGCAGAUGUGUGCUUUGUGGAAGAGCAGAACAACGUUUACUGUGAGCGAUGUUAUGAGCAGUUCUUUGCCCCAGUCUGUGCCAAGUGCAACACCAAAAUUAUGGGGGAAGUGAUGCAUGCCUUGAGACAGACGUGGCACACAACCUGCUUUGUCUGUGCGGCCUGCAAGAAGCCUUUCGGGAACAGCCUCUUCCACAUGGAAGAUGGGGAGCCCUACUGUGAGAAAGACUACAUCAAUCUGUUCAGCACCAAGUGUCAUGGCUGCGAUUUCCCCGUGGAGGCUGGCGACAAGUUUAUUGAAGCCCUGGGGCACACCUGGCACGACACCUGCUUCAUUUGCGCGGUCUGCCAUGUGAAUCUGGAGGGGCAGCCGUUCUACUCUAAGAAAGACAGACCCCUGUGCAAGAAGCAUGCACACACCAUCAAUGUGUAGGCGGCCAAGGCCGCCUGUGCUGACAAGGCCCGGAGCUGCUCCUGCUGCUGGCAACAAAGGAUUCGGGAGGCUGAUGUUUCUUCUGGGGGGAACGGGGAGAGAGAGGAAGUGACUGAGCCCUUUGGAAGUAUAAUUUUAGGUUUUUUUCUUCUGUACACAGAUCAUGUAUUUGCAUAGUUCAGACUAGGAGCCAAAUGAAGAUUCAAAACCAAGUUAGUUAUUAAUCCAAGACUGGAAUUGUACUUCAGAUGUUUAGAGCAGAAUUCCAAGAACUCAAAAGUGAAAAGCAACAAGCAGCUUUCCCAAAGCGAUACACUUCCUGCGGUCACCAGAGGAGGACAGAGCUCAGAGCAGCUGUGGAGAAUCUGAAGCAUUCUGUGGAGUUCUUAAGCGCUCCCCUGGCAAACAAAUUGAAGUGCCAAACAGCACUCGCUGCAGGGUAUUUUUAGAGUCAUAGCUGAGAGCUUGUUAGCUAAGACCCAUUGGGCUUUCCUCACCAAAAAAGGAAGUGUUAUUCCAUUACUAACGUCAUGGAGCUACCUCUGCGCAUCAGACUUCAGACCUUGAACAAACUUGAAACAUUCUAAUGGGAGCCCGGACGUCCAAAGAUAUGUCUUCUGGGAGCCACUGGGCAAUUGCCAGGCUCCAGGAAGGGCUGCGGCUCAGGUUGCAGACAGCUGAGAAAAGAUGGCCCUGUCAGCCACCCUCUCUCAGUCUGAAACAUCCAACGUCCCCAGAGGGCUUAGCUCCUUUUUGAAUUGCGAUGGGAAAGUAGAAUUGGGUUUUUCCAGUUUUGCUUUGCAGUGUGUGAGAGAUUUUUUAAAAGGCUCUGGGUUGUCUUUGGCCUUUGUUUAGCUUUUAGAGGUACGUUAGCAUAAGCGUCCAGUCGUGUGCAUGAAUUUCACUCCAACCUGUGACUGGUCACUUAUGAUGUCUCCCCCAGUACCUUCCAUCUCAAACAGGCUUGGUGGCCUGUGGAAAAGAGAGACACAGAGACAGUGUCUGAAACAGGAUGGCAGAAUAGGCUCACAGGUCCAAACUCUGGGUGGGGAAGAGGAAACUUACUUUCUGCCACCCUCAGUAAGAACACACGAGGAGACAGGACCUCCAACCUUCAGGUCUGUACCAUCCUUUUCAAAUGUUCCUUUAAAUGCAGCACAUUGAGUAUGUACGAUUGUGUUAACUGCUAUAAGGAAGAGAUGCACUGAUAUAUAUGCAUUUGCUGUUUUGGCCAAUAUUUUGAAAAUGUAUGAGCUGAGUUGAUGAGCUAUUAUUUAAGUAUUUAUUGAAGUAGACUUGGGCCUUCAAACUUCUUUACGAUACUAGUGAUAGUUUGAGUUAGGUAAGCAUCUUAAAGCUGUCUGGUGAUAAAGAAGGCAGCUUAGAUUCUGCAGUUGGAAAUGGAAUAGUCACUUUCCUUUUUAGGAAGCUCUGUUAAUAUGCUCAUUGAACAUGGCAUUGAAGCAGGCGGUUUGCGUGGAUGUUUCUCACUUGAGCACGAUAUUUAGGGUCUUUUCCAACUCACUGUACUCUGUCUUCGCUCCCGUUUUUGAUUUUUCUCUUUGCACGUUUGAAUUGUUUUAUGGGAAUGCAUUAGAAUUCUUUUCUUCUAAGGACUGAGACUUCCAGGGGACUGCCAUCUUACACGAGUGUCUCUUCUCCAAGCAGGAGAAGGAAGCAGCUAGCUGUGUCCCUAGCAGGAAGCCCCUAUUUUUUCCAAGCACAAAGCCACCAAUCUCCCCCAGGAAGCACCAGGGAGAGACAUGAAUGUGCUCCUGCCACAGGGCCCUUCCUACCUUUGGAUCUGCAAGAAGGUGAAUACAAAGCACCAGGCAGAGCUGGGAUUACUUGGAGAUUUGUCAGGAGUUGCAGACAAGUGCCUUGGAGCAUUCUGUGAUUUUCAGAAAGUUCAAAUGGGCAGGAACAAGGAGGUUGCUGACUGUACAGACAGGCUCUAAGUAGUUUUCUCCAAAAACUGUCUAUUCAGUUAUCAGGGACUGGUCUUGAGGAAAAAAAAAGUUCCCUAGAAUUCAGUUUCCAAAAUCUCUUUUUAAAGAUUUUACACACACACACACACACACACAUACACACACGAUCAUUAAAAAGUGUAUGAUCAUUAACAAGAAAAGUGAAAUAUCUCCAAGGACAGUUUCACCACAGUCCUUUAUUACAUUUCUACAUUUCAGAGCACGUAUAGAUUCUGAGGGACUCUUAUUUGCCAGAAAAAAAAAA